GAGUAGUGUGCUGGCUGCCCUUUGUGCUGUAGACAUUCCCAAACAGUUAGCUCAGGGCUUCACAGUGUACAAUCCUUUCUGCCGAAAUUUGAAACCCGUCAAAACGUUAGCAUUUCUUCAAGUAAAAGAUGAGCUGCCUUAGGGUAACUUCACUGAUGUGUCUUAAUAUAUUUUUAUUUGGUUUAGGAGAGACUGUCAUAAGUGAUGUCAAGCCUUGUUCAGCUAAGGGCACAAGGAAUGUUGGAGCUGUGGAGGAACCACUCAAAGCAGAAGAGAAAAAUAAACCUGCAGAUAUUUCAAAACAAAAAGAACAAUGCCUUGUACCCUGUGAUGUUCAAGCUAAAAUGUUACGAGGGGAAAAGCAUUACAUGUGCAGAAAUUUGCAGAACUCUCUUGUUGAAUAUGCAAGAAGUACAAAAAAAAUGGUAAGAAACAUGAUGGAUGAUCAACAGUCUUCUUUGGAUUACCUUUCUAAUCAGGUAAGUGAACUCAUGAACCAACUUCUUCUUUUGAACGCAGAAGUUUUGAGAAAGCAUUUGGAUCCACUUCCUUACAAAGCAGUUCAAUCUCAUGGAUUGGAUUGCACUCAUAUUAAAGAUACUGUUGGUUCAGUUUCAAAAACUCCAACUGGUCUGUACAUUAUCCAUCCAGACGGAUCAAAUUAUCCUUUUGAGGUUUUGUGUGACAUGGAUUUUCAAGGAGGCGGAUGGACUGUGGUUCAGAAAAGAACUGACGGACUCAUUCCAUUUCAGAGAACAUGGUCUGAGUAUCUGGAUGGAUUUGGUGUCCUUUCUGGGGAAUUUUGGCUUGGACUGAGGAAGAUUUUUCACAUAGUAAAUCAAAAAGCCACUAGUUUCAGUCUUUAUGUGGACUUGGAAUCAGAAAAUGACAAGCAUGCCUAUGCAUCAUAUGAUGGAUUUUGGAUAGAGGAUGAAACAUGUUCUUUUAAGAUCCAUUUAGGGCGUUAUUCAGGAAAUGCUGGUGAUGCAUUUAGAGGAUACAGAAAAGAAGAUAACCAGAAUUCAAUGCCUUUCAGCACAUUUGAUGUUGACAAUGAUGGAUGUAGACCAAUGUGCACUAUUAAAGAGCAGCCUGUAAAGAGCUGCAGUAACUUCAGUGAUAACACUGGAUGGUGGUUCAACCAGUGUGGCCUUGCAAAUCUUAAUGGUGUUCAUCACUACACAGGCAGAUUUCUUGCAACUGGGAUUCACUGGGAUACAUGGACAAUGAACAAUAAACCAGUCAAAAUUAAAUCAGUUUCAAUGAAAAUCCGAAGAACCUAUAAUGGGUAUUUCCAUUAGCCUAUGAAAAUGGAAAGAUACUGUUCUUGCUAUUAUAUGGUAUAAUGUAUCACUGUAUCAUAAACACCUUUCAUUUUCACUUGAACGAUUCAGUCUUAAAACUUUAUUAGAUAUUUCCAUAAUACACUUAGUAACUUUUAUUAUAAAAUGUCAGCAUUUGUAGUUUUCCUGCUUUAGUAAGAAGGUCCUAAGAAGAAUAAGGUUUUCAGUAAACACGUAAAGCUUAGUAUUUGUCAGCUUUUAUUCAGCUGCCUUUUAUGCAACCUUAGAGCCAGUUGGCUCUUAGGAGCGUAAUGCUGACUAUUGAAUGUGGGUUUUUUUCCGUGCUCUCUGCAUAUCUGAAUUGCCAAGAUAUUUCAGCAAAUUUUCUUUGAAAAAGCAAUAUACCUGCCAUUUCCAUCAUUAUAUUUUGGAAAAAUACCUUUUCUUCACCUUAGUUUAAUUUUCCAGAAUCAACUCUUCUUUCUACAUUCCUUAUCAGGCAAGGUAACACUGACUUAUUUCAACACAUCUGUAAGGUUCU